UUCUUGCUUCCCUUUGAACAGUAGCAGUACAUAGUAGACAUUGGCUUAAAUCGCCUUGGGGAUUGAGUUCCCGGGUCCCUCAGAUGGGAUUCCACCAGACAUUAAUAUGUGUAAGAUUAAUCUAAUAAAUCCUGCCCAAUCUUUCCGUAUUUCUCUUCACCAACUUUCUCCCUUGCAUAAGAAAGCAAUAGCCAACUUGGAAAAUGAAUUGAAUAUUUCAUGCACACAAUUCAAACAGGAAAAGGAUAUUUUGAUAGAAGCUGAUGAAUUGAUAAAGAAACUAAAUUUAAUAAAAAGCCGAAAAACCUCAUACCUACAUAUUUACUGAUUUUGGACCUUUCACAGUCAUUGGAGGAAGUACCAAUUCAACAAAAACCCAUCCUGUGGAUCUGGGAAAGAAAUUAGAUUUAGUAAUAAUUGCUAAUGUCAUUAGUAUCGGAUCAUAUCAAAUAGGAGUGACAUUCACCACCUCUAGGGAGGCAAAUCCUUUCUUACUAAAUCAAACUUUUCUCUAUCAGGGUUACAGAGCUUACAUUUUUCAGCGACUACUCACAACGAAAGGCAUUAUUAGGAACAUUGGACUCACUAUAACUGCUGAAGAGUUCUGUAAAAAUCAUUGAAGUCCAGCGAUUGGAUAGAAAACUAAGAUCAGGCGAUAAGUCUAUUGAAAACACUUGUCCCUCACCGGAACAAAAAAUAGGAGCUCUUGAUACGCUAACCAAAUUAGCAUCAUUAGGCAUAGCAUUUAUUGUUCUGAUUACUGAAGUGAGAGUAGAAACCUUUGCACUAAUUUUUGGAAUGGUUAGAAUAUGUGCAGCAAAAAACUGCAGUAACACAUCAAAUUCCACCAAGAAACAUACUUUUUUCAAGUUCCCAACGGAUUUAGAAAGGGCAAAACAGUGGCUUGAAAUUUGUAAGAAUGAAGUGCAGCAAACAAAGUUGAACCAAAUAUGUAGCAAUUAUAAUCAUUUUGCUAUAUGCGAUGUUCAUUUUGAACUAUGUAUGUUUAAUAAUUUAAUGAAAAAUAGGCUCGUAUCGGGGGCUGUGCCAACUAUUCUUCCAAAAACUGAUUCUAUUAUGGAGGAUGAGGUCGUUUCGAGAGCUUUGCCAACCAUUCUUCCAGAAACAGAUACUCCCAUAUUUCAUUCAUCUGAGAAUGUUCACAUACUGGAAGAAUCUAUUACUAUUAAGGAAGAGCCAAUAUCAAUCAGCUGUUCUUCCAUUAAAACAGAAAUUAAAAAAGAAUGUCCAGUGGAAGAUUUUGAGGAUCAUGAAGUGAAAAGCUGUCCAAAGCAAAGUAAUUGUCAAGAGAACAUCUCAAACCCCUAUGAAACUGAUCCACAAUUUCAUGAAAAACAAGAGUCAGAUUUACCUAGUCAGAUUCAACAUAGAAAAUUAGAAACUGUAUCAUGUCGAAUAUGUUUAGUUGCUCUGGAUCGCAAGAAAAGCGCUCCUCUCUCGGACAAGUGUCAUCCUAAGAAAACCAUAAAGCAAAUGAUAAGAUUUUGUAUACCUCAUAUAAAUUUUAGACUUUCGGACAAGCAUUUUAUCUGUAGAAAAUGUCUGAAGAAUCUGAGAUUGUUCGUUAAAUUUAUCGAGGAUUUUUUAAUAGUGGAGGAAAUUUUGAAGGAAAGAAAACAAAUAAAAGAAAUUGAAUUCAUUGAGGUCCCAACCGUUACGGUCACUAACGAUGAAACAUCAGCUGAAGUACAAUCUAAGCCUGCAGUAACUUUAGAACACGAUUUUUCCAAAUUAGAAACAAGAUCUGCACCAAUAACAGUCGAAUCGAGUCCAAUGACAAUCAAAAGAGAAAUAUCAGACGAUGAUAUUUUGGGAGAAACUCCAACCAUUAUUGAAAACAUUACUGCUACCCAGUAUAUUCCUCAUAAAAUUGAAAAUACCUCACUAGAAUAUUCUUGUGAUAUGUGUAACAAAGUUUACCUCGAAUCCAAUAAAUUAUAUGAUCACCAAAAAAAGAUUCAUGGAGUUGAAUGUAGCGCUGGGUACGAUUGUCACAGUGGCAGUUUGCAUUUCGCAAACAAAGAUAUGGAAUCACAUUGGUAUAUGCACAUCGGUUAUUGCCAACACUGCCAAAAAAGUUUGCCAGCUGCAUAUUCAGAAAGCUGUAAAUGUAAAGGACUAUAUGAAAAAUCUGAUUCACAGGAUGAAGAAAUUAUUCGAGAUGUUGAUGGACGUGAAAUCGAUCAAAAUGAACCAAAACAUGUUUGCGAAAUUUGUGGACGCUGUUUUAGUCUAAUAUCAGAUUUGGAAAGUCACCUAAGACUUCAUGUUGAGUCUAAAAGUUUUACAUGUGAUAAAUGCUCUAGAUCAUUUAGAACAACGAAAAUUCUCAAUUUUCAUAAAUUGUAUACUCACGACAAAAUCAAAUCUAAAUGUAAAUUUUGUGGAAGAAGAAUGUGGAACUCUAUGUUAAUGAAACAUUACAAGUCUCAUCAUUCCAAAGAGUUGACAUUAUUUUGUAAGAUAUGUCAACAAGAUUUUAUCGGAAGAGAUCUGUAUAAGAGCCAUCUUCGCAGUCAUUUUUUGAGAGGCCAGAAGAAGUACACAAAUAGAAGUAACGGUGAUACUGUCAGUAGAAAUGAAUUAAAUACCAAUGGUAAAAGACUGGGUCGAGCUGAAUGUGAAAUAUGCUCUCUUACAUUUUCAAGCGAUAUGAAUCGAGAUGAGCAUAAAAAAAUUCAUGAAGAUUCAUCCUACAGUAAUAGGUAUUUUAAAAAACUAUAAAUUACUUUGUUGAUG